GUUGCGCAGUAGCGUCAAUUACGCUGCGAACAUGCGAAUACGACUACGAUUUACGAACAAGUGAUGAAAGUGGAAUGGAGAUGAGGCGGCCAUAAUCAAACAAAAGUGUUUUUGGUCUUUCAUGCAAUGGACAUUUGACGUUAUUAAAUAUUUCGCGGUGGUGAUAGUUUACUACAGUUGUACAAAUGAGCGCUAAAUUGGACGUAAACAGACGUGUCUUAGCUAUUCAAGCUAAAAAGAAAAGACACAAGCCAGCUAAAAAGAAAGCAAAGAACGAAAUGAACGGCCACGGUGGAGAAAAUCGUCACAAUUCCAAAAACGAACCUUCUCAUAGCUCGAGUAAUGAGACCAUUGAAGAUGCAGACGAUAUCUAUACCAGCGAAGAAGAGGAACAGGAGGACAGCAGCGACUACCGCAAGGGAGGUUACCAUCCUGUCAAAAUAGGCGACCUGUUUCUCGGCAGGUAUCAUGUAACUAGAAAACUAGGUUGGGGUCACUUUUCCACGGUCUGGCUAUGUUGGGAUCUGGAAGAUAAAAGAUUCGUAGCUCUAAAGAUCGUCAAGUCCGCCGACCACUUUACUGAAACGGCCCUUGAUGAGAUCAAAAUACUUAAGUCUGUCAGGGAGUCAGACCCAUCAGACCCUAAACGAAAUAAAACUGUACAACUGCUGAAUGACUUUAAAAUAAGUGGCAUCAACGGUGUGCAUGUCUGCAUGGUAUUUGAAGUCCUUGGUCACCACUUGCUGAAACUCAUCAUCAAAUCGAAUUAUAGAGGGAUACCUUUAGCUAAUGUCCGAACAAUCAUGAGGCAAGUCCUUGAAGGUCUCGAUUACUUACACUCAAAAUGCAAAAUUAUCCAUACUGAUAUCAAACCUGAGAACAUAUUAGUCUGUAUUAGUGAAGAAGCAAUCAGAAGGUUAGCUUGUGAAGCAGCAGAGAUGCAUCAACUUGGCAUGAAACUACCAAUCUCCCUUAUCAGUACUGCUCCUCUGACAAAUAAUCAACCAACUAAAAUGAGCAAAAAUAAAAAGAAGAAACUGAAGAAGAAGGCAAAACGACAAAAUGAACUCUUAAAACGCCAGAUGGAACAAAUUAUGGAGAUAGAAGAAAAUAAAAAAGUACAGGAAAAUGGUGAUUCAAAUGUUAAUGGAGAUGGAGAAUGCAAUUGUGCUUCUUCUAGUCCUGACAUGACUCCAGAACAUGAAGAAAAACUACAAAAUGGUUGUGAAGAGUUAGGAGCUGGUGAAGCACAACUUUGUGAUCAUGAGAAUAGUAUGGCAGUUGGGGAACCAGUAGUAAAUAUGUCUGAAGAUGAUUCACCCUCUCUAGAACCAUCGCUGGAACCUUCACUAAACAAUUCCAAGAGUGAUAAGAUCAUUGAGCUUGAUCCUGCUUUUGUAGAAUGUGAUUUCGAAGUUAAGAUAGCCGACUUAGGAAAUGCAUGUUGGGUAGACAAACACUUCACUGAGGACAUCCAAACUAGGCAGUAUAGGUCAUUAGAAGUUCUGCUAGGUGCUGGCUACAACACAUCCGCCGACAUCUGGAGCACGGCGUGCAUGGCGUUCGAGCUGGCAACCGGCGACUACCUGUUCGAGCCCCAUUCGGGCGAGGAUUAUUGCCGCGACGAAGACCACCUGGCUCACAUCAUCGAGCUGUUGGGCAACAUCCCGCGCCGCAUAGCGCAGAGCGGCAAAAACUCCAAGCUGUUCUUCAACAAGAAGAACGAGCUCAGGCACAUCAGCGGACUCAAGCCGUGGGGCCUAGAGGAAGUUCUGCGCGAGAAGUAUGAUUGGUCAAAGGAAGAUGCUGAAGAAUUCGCUGCAUUUCUGAAGCCGAUGCUCGAUUUUGAUCCCGACAGGCGAGCUACGGCAGCCGACUGCCUCAAAUAUCCCUGGUUAACCAAAAAAUGAACACGUGGCUCUCUGUAGGUGACUGAAUACCCGUCGCUUUCGCAUAUACAUAUAUGAUAGUGCAUUAUAGAGUACAUACUACAGAAUGAAUGGCCGGCGCCUUUUGUUCCUACUUUUUUUGAGUUGUUUGUUGUCUCUCUCCCUUAACAGAAAUCUCCUUGAUGCAAUAAUUUCCAAAACAACGCAAGCUUCAACGUUUUAUGACUUGUGUCUUUAAAAAAUGAUAAUAUAGAUAGUCGUUCUUCAUAAUCCAUUUUCAUUUUAAAAUGUUUUACUAACUAGGUAAAACGAUUCUGACGUUAAAUCGUAUUCUUAAUAACUUCUUGUAAUGGCAAAGAUCGUUAUACCUAGCGUUCAAACCUGUAGUUAAACCAAAACGCUUUGAUUGAAUCGUCUAACUCGAACGUAUCGACGUAAUAAAAUGAUACUGGUAGUGGUCGCUGCAGUAAAUUUGUCAUUGUCAUUUUUUCGUAGUCAAUUUUUCAUCGUAUCUACUGGUCAGUUAGAACAGUUGUUUUUGACAGUUGUGGCUGGAUUUAUUGUUAAUUUGUCAAAAAAAACUUGUGUUUCAAGGCUGAAUCGUUUUGAACACAAGAAGUCCUAGGACUGCAUGACACGAUCUGAAAUUUGAUUUCAAAAGCCAUAGGCGACACUACAUAUGAAAGGUGCCCCCAAAGAUAUCGAAAUCUGAAUCAAUCUAAAUUUAGGCCUGUUGGGUCAAACUUUCAGAUCGAUAGUUCGCCCCUAGGGGCUUUUAACCUCAAAAACGUGUUUUUUCGAAAAUAAUUUUGACAGGCACAAUUUUGUUCUAACAUUUUUUAAAAUCUCCCUGAUCCUACAUUCUUACUUCCUACAUAACCCUGAUUUUUUAUAGAUUUGUGGACCGUAUAUGAGUUCCGAAUUUUUAAUGAGGUAAUGAAAAUUUGAUAAACCUAAGGAUCCACUGUAUAUCAGUGCUUUCUUGCGUUCCUUAGAGAUCCAUUAACAAAAUCAAUGUUUGCCCAGAAAAUCGCCAAAAAUCGGAAAAAACCGCGUUUUCACCGAUUUUCUCCAAUUUUUGUCAGUAGGAUAUUAUCAAUUGGCUUACUCAAACAUUCGACGAACACACUUUUUGCCCAUUAUUCCAGGUUCCAUAUUAAAAAUUUUGAUUUGUAUUCCCACAUCCGAAAAACGGCAUUUUCAUCGAUUUUGCGGUUUUUCCUAUUCUCGUACUUUUCCGGGAACCAGAACAAAAUUCUGACCAUUGAACCCGAAAAAACGGACAAAAAUACAUACUCGUAUUGCAUUGCAUUGGGUUUUUAAGUUAGCUAACGUAUGAUAUCCUACGUUUAAAUAGUUAAAAAUGAGAUGUUUCCGAUUUUUGGCGAUUUUUCUUGUAUAAGUUCAUGAUUCUGUUAGUGAAUCUGAAAAGAAAACACUGAUAGUGAUUGACAGUGGAUUUUUAAGUUGCGAAGUUUUAAUUGCCCAACCGAAAAUUCGAAAAAACAACAAAAAAUUUUUCUCGAAAUACGUUCCACAAAUUUAUAAAAAAAACCGGUUAUAUAGGAUAUAACAAUAUUUUUUGAUUUGACUGCGGCCAUAAAAAAUUACUUUGGAAAAACUACGUUUUUGAGAUUAGAGUCUCUAUGGGCGAUCUAUAGACAUUAAAAUUUGGCUAGGGUGAUUUUACCCAAUAUACCCUAAUUUGGACUGAUCCAGAUUCGGAUACCUUUGGGGCAAUUUUCAUAUGUAGUUUCGCCUAGAGCCUUUGUAUAUGGCAACUGGCAAAAGUAAGUGUGGUAGUGUUAAAUGUACACAAAUGUAAAAUCUACACUAAUGCUUCGCUUACUGUCACUAGUUAAGCAUACGGCAUCGCAGCAUACCGACACUGUCAGAUGAGAACAUUUAUAGGUUAUGACUUUCAAUGCAUGGUCCAUUUUGCCUGGUUGCCCAUUAUAUACUAUAAAUUUGAUAUCAAAUUUCACGUGGUUUGAUGCGGCUGUUACUCGAACGUAUUGGAGAAUACUACAUCAAGAUUUUGUUGGGGGAUUCAAGCUACAGCAUAUAAAAAUCGUACUGAAAUCACUGUAUGGAAUAAAGUAAGUAUAAUUGGUGUCGGCUUCCAUUUUUGUUCUUUUAAUAGGUCAUAACGUUGGCAAAUCAUUUCAAUCCGGUUGAACAGGGCCUUUGUUUAAUGUAUAUAAGAUUUGUAAUAGACGAAAUUGUGAUGUAUGUGUUUUAUAGACAAUAUAAUAUGUACUCCUUGGCUGCUAGUUUUAUUCUGCUUAGUAUUUUUUUUCGUACGUGUAUAUUGUUAGGCGUAUACUCUUGUUUUGUGGCCAGGGAGCAACGUAGGUGAAUUGUUGGCUUUUCUUACUAUGAACCGUAAAACUUAGAGCAUUGGGAUAUUUUUUACAUAAAGAAUACUGCCAGUUUAAUUUUAAAUAACCAUCAGACCACUUCGUAUGUUUACCUUGAUUUGUUAGACCUGCAGCUUGCCAAAGCAUUUUCCGUUUUAUAUUUCAAUGUGUACGAGAGAGAGAAACGUGCAACACGUGUGUUAGAAAGAGUGAGCCAAUUAUGCAUCGUCACCACGUAGCCUGAAAAUGACAGUUGAGGAGGUGAUACAGUCGCGCUCACGACUUCUCCCCAACACUCGUUGCCAAGCUACGUGGUGACGACGCCUAUAUGGUGCACUCGUACACAUAAAAAUUUAAAAAGGAAAACAACUUUGGUCAGCAUCGUAUGCUAUAUACUGAAUAAGCAUCAAUAUUACCAUCACUAUGUAGCCCCAACAUUACUCGAUCUCCUUAAGCUGAGGUCACACCAAAGGUAGUAAACUUCGUGAUAGAGUAAUAUGCAAGAUCUGAGAUAAGAUUCCAGGAUAUCAAGAGACACAUCCGAUUCUAAGUGGUGAGAUUAGCACGAUAAAAAUAAAACUCUGGAAAAUGUCGAUACUGAGCUGAAAUUUCUGCAGUGUAUUUUUUCUGCUCGUUUUGAAUCAAUGACAAAAGCGCUAAUUGUGGACACUACAUCCUUUUUUUCUGGGCUUCCGCAUUUCUGUACAAAUCGUUAAGGAGAUUCUACAGUAGAUGCUUUUUGAAAGUAACUACAACCAUACUUCGUGCAAUUACCUCUUAUAACGCCGUGAGUUGCAUCUGCAUACUUUUCCUUGAACUUAUCCGUUAAGCCUACUACCUCCAAUGUGACCUCAGCCUUACACCUGCAUAGGUCAACUAAGAAAAGUGAUCAACAUAACGUGUUUUCAAAUGACUUAAUAUUUUUUAUCCCAUUGCCAAAUCGUAAUGCUUCUUUAGCUUAUAAUCUACAAUUUUAGGUGAAUUUGUUUUAAUAUAAUUCCUAUUCCUGACUUAUUAUUUUGUUUGAAUAAAGAAGGGAUAGUGUAUCCUUCAUUUUCAUAAGUUGAUAAAAAAUUAGUCGCAAAACCAUGGUAAUAUGAAUAUUAUUAAAGUUCCUCAAAAUUCAUGUCGGCAUAGUUUUAAUAGAAUAGGGAUCCUUAUAAAAAGCGAUUUUAAUCUAUACAGGCAACCUUCCGAAAGUACCAGGCUCAACAGAUACGGGAUUCGACCAUCGGCCAAGUUUGAUGAAAAUCCAUAUAGUGAUAGUUCAUGUUGUGGUAAUCAAAUGUUUCAAUAAAUGCAUUAUGUUGGAGAUGUGGGGUGUUAAAGUUGUUAAAGUUUGGUGCUUUAGCCCAUCAAGGUAAGCCUGCCUGCGCCAUGUUACGAAAACUACCUCGUCUUUAUUGUAGACGUGAUGAUAUAAUAAAAAUACAGUAUACACAGGGUGUCCAAACCAAAGCGGAAAGUAAUAGAAAAACUAUAAAAGAUAUUCGAAACGAUUUGCGACUAACAUAAUGUGUGUGUAUUUCUCAGUUAUUUGGAGAUAUACAGGGGAUGUUGCACAACUCCGGGGCACAACAAUUGUUUGUUUUAAUGAAAUUAUUCUCUUUCCAAAAUUCAGGGAAAAACUGGCAGAAGUCGGAGCCUUCAAGGAUAUGCAUUUCUUCAGAAAAAUUAUAAAAUAACAAAUGACGAUCAAAAUCCUACAGUACAUUGUAUUAAUCAAUACUUUCGUUUUCGAAAAGUCUCUCCACAUAUAGGGUGCCCCUUUAAAAAAAUGCCACGGAAUUCUGCAACGCUCUCUAUACAUCCAAAUAAUUUAGAGAAUAUAAGAUAUCAAUCUUGUUGCGCAAACCGUUUUCGAAUAUCUUGCAUAGUUCUAUUAAACAACUUUCCAUUUUCACGUAAUCGAGUCGAGUUCAUUAAAGACGAGUUUGUUUUAGUAAAAUGGUGCGGACAGGCGUACCCACAUGGGCUAAGGGAUCAAACUUUAAGACCCUCUAUCUCCAGUAGAAAUCAUUCUGUACCUAUUGAAACAUUUGAUCAGCACAACAUUAACUAUCACUAUAUGAAUCUAACUUAAAAUUGACCAAUGGUUAAAUUCCAUAUAAUUUGUGCCUGGUACUUUGGUUUAAGACUGCAGAGUGAAUUAUAUAGCAUACUAGAAAAUACUUGGUAUGUAUCAGAUUUGUCAGGCCAAAGAUGCGUGACAAGUUUGCCAACGCUACAGUAAGCCUGUGGUAUAGCAGAGGACGCUAGCAGGCGGGAGAUCAUCUCAUGUGUCAUCACAUGGUGUGCUAAGUUUGCACCACAAAACUACAUUUAAGAACAGUUGUACUAGACGUAUAAGUUUUUCAGGGAUUCAGAUUCACGUAUAGUUUGUCAAAAUCGGCUUCGUCUGUGAAGGCACUAGCCAAGCAGCGGGUGAAGCUGCUUCUAUUUUAAUCAAUACAAUCUCACUGCGUUGUCGCAACAUGGAUUUGCCAAACUAUAUAUUUGCCUGCAGCAUGAAAUAUCCUAAGACAGCACAACAUAUUGAAAAUACCAGUGAUUGCCUUUACAUUUUUUCAGUAGGUAGCAGGCUAACAUGUGUAAGAAAAGUCAAUAGUCUUAAUCGUGAUAAUGUCGAAGAUGUUAGACUUGUGACAGAUGUCAUAUGGUUUAUUCAUAUUAGCAAAGCACCAACAUUUGUAUUAAAAUCAUUACAAUAAAAUGUACAUUGAAUCUCUAACAUAAGUAUGUAAUUAAUAUGAUUCGUACACCCAGAAUUAAUUUAUUUAAUACCCGGCAAUAAAUAUUCAUUUUUAUUUUUUAGUAAUGAAAGUCCAUGUUUUAUAAAUACUGUUAGAAGAAUAUUAAUAGUUCGCUUAAUCUUAGUUUCGACUGCUGUAUACUUCGGUUGGAUUAAAAAAUUAAAAUUUAUUACCUGAAA